CUAGUAGCCGGUCAUUACAGACGCAACAUGCUGCCUUGCUCCCGCUUGAAGUUUACACGUAAAAAACUUCUCCCCACGAAGUAGUCAUCACAUCCACCCUCUCUGUGGACUUUAAGGGGACCUCCUCGGGACAUCUCCUACACUUUGUUCUCUCCUGCCAAGUGCCGAUUCUGCGAUUGAACAUGUUGCAAAGUGUUGCUCAGUCGCAAGACUGGCUUUACUCGGACCCACUGUUCUUUGAUGAAGAGUUCUGCCAAAGUUUGAUGAAGGACCUUCAGUCCCUACCGACACCCCCCCAGUCGCCCCCACUGAAGGUGGGUCUGAGUGGUGACGGCAAGCCUCUCUCCAAGGGUGACCAGCUGAGCUACGUGUCGGACAUCCUGCUGGAAGACCAAGACAUGCAACUCAAUUGGAAUUGCGCCUUCUUCCAUUCGGACGGAGCCGAGAAAGACAGGGUGUCCACCGGGGGGCCACCUUCCCCUCUGGAGGAGAGCGGCGAGGACGGGCUGUGGAAGUGCCUGGCCCCGGACAAGAGCCUGGAGGAGAAGCUGGUGUCCUCCAUGCUGGGCUCCAGCCCACUGCUGUCUGACAUCGACACCAGCAUCUUUGAGGGGCUGGCCGGGUCCACACUGGACUGCCAGACCCUAAUGGAGACCCAGGAGCCCAGCGAGGCCACUUCGGACUACGGCUCGACAGGCGGCGAGCUGUCCACGUACUCGUCCAGCGACUCAGAGGAGGAAAUCGACGUGGUGACGGUGGGGCGCUGCUCCUCCAGCCCCCCCACAGAGCUCUCGGCCCGCCAGCAGAAGCAGGAUGAGAAGCAGCGUGCUCUCCAGCGCCACCACCUCGAGAUCCAGCAGCAGCACAACUACGCCGCGCCGCGCCCGGCUUCCCCGCCGCCUUCCUCAUCCAACAAGCGUUCGCGUGGUGGCGACGGGCUCUCGCGCCCCUCUCACUCCUCCCGCAGCUACUACUCCUCGCCGUCCACACGCUACCACAACCACCACAGGGAGCAGCAAUCAUCCCGGAGCUCUGCGGAGACGGAGGACGAGGAAGAGCGCCGCAGGACGCACAACGUGAUGGAGCGUCAGCGGCGCAACGAGCUGAAGAACUGCUUUGUACGGCUGCGCGACAACGUGCCUGAGCUGUCGCACAAUGACAAGGCAUCCAAGGUGGUGAUCCUGAAGAAGGCCAGAGACUGCAUCUACGGCCUGGAGGACCACGCCUUCAGGUUGCAGGCCAAACGAGACAAACUUCGAGCCAAACAGGAAGAACUGAAAGCCAGACUGGAGCAGCUCCGCAGGUAAUGGAGCGGAGGGGAGGGGUGGGGCUUGUACAAGGGCAGAGACCAUGGACAAAGACUGAGCAUUGACUGGAGUAAGGAGGAUGUUUCAUGCGGACAAAAGUGACACUUGAUAAUUGUGUUGGUAACAAGUGUAGACUUUGUACACACACGCACACACAAACAUUGUGAUGCCUUGACUGCUGACUGUUGACAGUUUAUUGUGUUGUCCUUCAGGACGCUAAACACACUUGAAUAUCUUCAGGAUGUCUUGUAGCCAUAGUAACCAAUGAUCCCUCAUCAGCUCUUUGAUGGUUUUCAACUUGUUUGUUCAACUUGUUGGGCUUUUGUGAGGUCCACCAGCAAGCAGACUGUCUGGACUGGCUUUGAUGCCGUCCAUAUGACGCUCCACAUGUUCCUCAACAAGCUGCUGUUUGUUCUUCAAGCCCCUUCCAGCUCAAAGGUAGCCAUCGUUCGUAGCUCUCAGCUUGAAGUCAGCCAAAGUUUGAUUGUUGCCCCGAAAAAGCCCGAUGCCUCCUGCUGGUAUUCUGCUGGAACACUGGCAGCCAUGUUGCUUCCUCUUUCAUGGACUUUUCCAGUUGCUAGUCAGCAGCUGGAUGGUGUUUCCCAAGCAAACAUGAGCUGAGGUGUGAAAUAUCACAUUCACUCUUCCCCAACAUUCCCUGUUUGCAAAGAAUCUGAACCCCCACCCCCAUUUCAGCGUGAAGAGGAAGUUAAUGUGAAGCUGGACACUUUAGAUGGGAUCUUUUACAACAUUUAACAAUGUUCUUCAUUCAUGUGUUGUUCUCUGUCUGCAAAGCGUGUCUUAAAUGCAUCAAGUGUGGUUGGGAGUAGAACUGUUCAACUUUUUCAGGAUGUUUUUCUGAGUGCUGGCGUCUGGUUCAAACCUGGUGGUCUUCCAGGGAAAUCUCACUUUGCCUCAAUGUCUCCUCAGUGGUGGCAAGUGUAAUCCAAGCUUAGGUUUGGACCAGACGACAGGGGCGAGUUAGUUUUAGCAUGACGACAACCUACCUCCACCUGGCUGCAGUUCCGCCUGUGUCUGUUGCUUUUCAUGUUGGUGGCUAAAAUACUGUUCAGAUUUUUAAAAAAUGUACAUUUGUUAUUGUAUCAUAAGUUAUUUUAGUCUUUGGGGGAAGGGUUCUCUGUCAGUUGAAUUUUGAGAAUUUAAUGAAUCUUUUUUUCCAUCAGCACUUUUUUGAUAUUGAUGGAAUUAAAGAACAAGCAUUGGAAAGUUUGUCUAAUAGUUUGUCUUGAUUCAUGUGCGCACACCCUGUCAUUUAUAUGCUUUGUGUAUUUUUGCUUUCUCCUUGGAAACCAAACUUAUUGAACUACAUCAUGUAUUGCCAUAUCAUCUACAUCUACUAUAUUUGAAUAAGGAGAAUAACACAAGAAUCCAACUGCCAUUAGCCAAGAAUUUGUCACCAUAUUGGACAAACAACAAAAAAGACUUCAUAAAUUACUUUAUUCUAGUAAAAUCAGAACUUUUUUCCUCAUAACUUUAGUCUCAUAUCCAUCCAUCCAUUUUCUAUGUCGCUUCUCCUCAUUAGGGUCGCGGGGGCAUGCUGGAGCCUAUCCCAGCUGACUUUGGGCAACAGGCGGGGUACACCCUGGACUGGUCGCCAGCCAAUCGCAGGGCACAUAUAGACAAACAACCAUUCACACUCACAUUCACACCUAUGGACAAUUUAGAGUUGCCAAUGCAUGUUUUUGGAAUGUGGGAGGAAACCGUUGUCUCAUAAUAUCCAUGUAAAAUAAAAUUAUUUUCUCAUAACAUUACCAGAUUUUUUACUUUCUUGUAGUCAACUACACGUUUUUUUGUAUUAUUACAACUUGAAUCGCCUAAUAAUUAAUUAUGCGGCAGUCCUUGAACGCAUAGUUGUGCGCUGUGAGAUACAAAAGUUUGUUUGGCUCCGGAAGCACUAACUUCAACAGUCAAUCCAGCCACAAAACUUUAAGUUAAUAUAAGAUUGUAAGUCGUUGCUGGAAUUACAUGUACGUAGACGUGGCUCGGACUAGCACCUUCAUGGAUCAUCGUACACUAUUAUACAUUAGUGGUGAGGGCCAUACUUUAAAUACAUUUAAAAAGUGUGUGAGGCAUACUUAGUGUUUAAACCUGGAUUGUGUUGCAAAUGAAAAAUGGCAUUUGUAGAGAGAAGAGGAGGGUUCUAGAGUUGAAUCUAAUAAUAAUUUCAACAGUCACAUUUAUUGCAAAUGUUGAUCCAGAAUUGGAGGGGAAUGUCAAUGUCAGGAGGGUUUGGACGGGGUGAGAGCGGGACGUGCGUCAGAAAUAGACAUUUUUAUGGGUGUAUCAUUACACGCGGCAUCCGCUGGCGUUCCCGAAACGCCCGAUCCAACACAGCAAAAAUAUACAGGUACAUGAAUGUUUAUGGAGGCUCCUCCUUGGUACUAAGCAGAUAUGAGAGUGUUGUCUCGGGGCAAAGUGUGAGGCUUCAUGUCUUGUGCAACCCAAGCUGAGUCCAUGUGUCUGUGUGGACAUGUGUGUCGUUAUAUUACAUGUUUGCAUUUUAAGUGUGUGUGUGUGUGUGCGUGUGAUGUAGGUCAAGGUGAGCGAGUGGGACGGAGCGUCAGGUGUGCAAGAUAAGCAAGUGAACAGAUCAGAUGCCAUAAACGCUUUUUUAAAGUUCUUUUUGACCUCUGAGCUAAAACACACAUCUACAUGCAUUUUAUCAUAUUUUUAGUCCUACAUUUUAGUUUUUUUCUGCAAAUUUUGACAAAACUGUACCUAAUAAAGUGUCCCGCAAGGAGUCACAAUGUUGUAGCGUCGUCGCCUCUGUUGCUUUUUGUCUCGCUUCUUUGUGGUUUUAGAGAGACAAAAAAAGUCAAACAUUGUGAUGCGCCACAUCACCAAAAGGAAAGCGUGACGGAAAAAAAGCAUAC